AUGAGUAGCCUCUCUGUAGGUGACUGGACACGCGAAAGACGCGGAAGUAAACUCUUCGCAGACAAUUUUGAAAAAGUGUUUAAAGAAAAUUUCGACGAAAGCAGUCGGUUGAAGAAGAGCGAGCUGAUCUCCAUCUUAGCCUGCAUCUGCACAAAUAUAGUUAUAGAGUAUUUAAAAAUAAAGGAGGAAAAAAAAACCGAAAAUUUUGAGUACCCCUUUGACUAUAGCCUGAUGAAUAUCUUAAAACUGGUGAACUUUGAAUAUGACGUAAAUGAGGAGCUUCAGAAGAAAAGGAAAAAAGAGAAGAAGGAGUUUAACAGGAGGAAGUUCAAGGGGGGUGGUGUCCAAAUGGGCACGAUGGGGGAAGGCACCGUUCGUGAGAGGGGCGACGGACGUGAUAGAGGUGGCGGACGCGACAGGAGGGGAGACAACGUCCCAAGCGAACUCCAUUUAGGAGGACCACUAACUGAAGGCGUAUACGAAGAGACGGAGGAAGAAGUUAACAUAAAUAUCGACAACAAAAACACGAAAGAAGAAAACGAAAAAUUGGACGAAUACAUUAAAAUGAUGGAGUUCAAUACAAUGGAAAUUAAAGAUAUUGAACCGUAUAUCGACCUUUUUUUUGGAAAAAAAACAUAUGAAAAAGUUUUUGUAAAGAACGGGAUAGAUAUACACAAAAUUUACGAUAAGCUAAGUGAGGCGCUGUUUGAUAAGUGCCAAGAAAAAGCAAACGUGAUGGAACUGCAGAAGUUUGUCGAACACGAGGAAAAAAAUUUGCGCAAGAAAAAAAUUCAUGUAAGGAAUGGCACCAUGUCAUUUGACGAGUAUAUGGAUGGUCUGGGCAGCUUGGAGGAGAGCAAGGGAGUGAGAGAGGUGGAGAGAAUUCUCUACGACGGGGAGGUCCCCUCAGGUGGCAACGAAAAAGAGGAAAAAAAAAAGAGGAAAAAUGGCAAUGUUAUAAACGGGUUGAGCAGUAGUGAACGAAGGGAUGGCGAUCAUUUGGGGGUUGAUCUGGGGGACGGACCGGACACGGACGGGGACGGGGACGAGGACUCUCCAGGUGGGGAUAGCAGAAGCGGGGGUAGAGUCGACAGGAGCGAUGGCCAUGGAGUUGAAGAUUCCCCUGGAAGUGCAAACAGAGGCAACCAAAAUGAUGGGGGCGAAGGACACGAAGGGGGAGAGGAGGAUUUCUCGCAGGGAGGGCACCAACGGAGGGAGGGAGAAUUUGAGGGCAAAGAGGAACACAAGGAGGAGGGGAGGAGUGAGAAAAGGGGUGGCGUGGAAUUCCUGAAUGGAAUUUCGUACGCGUUGAUAAAGGGGGAGGCAGAGAUGGAAGCAAAGGGUGACGCUUCGAUAGAGACAAAGGGUGACUCAGUGGAAGACCCAAUUGGCAACGCAGCGGGGGACCCCCAGGGCAACAUCGUCCUGAUAAAAUUCGUGUACGAUAAGAAAUACGCGUGCGAGUUUAGGACGGACAUAGGUGUGAUAGCCUACGAGGGGGUGGGAACGGAAUUAUCAGAUGAUAUAAAAGAAGGAGUAAAAAAAAUGCACAGCCGAGUCAGCAAUGGGGAGGUUUUAUCCGACUCCGAUUUGAUUAGAGGAGGUCCUUUCAAGCGAAUACUCGAAGAUCUAAAUUUUGAGAAACUGUAUGAGAUGCCUUACAAGAAGCGAUUUGCAAGAAAGCAAAGCAUCGUUAGGGAAAUGAAUGCCUCAGUUGUGGCGCAAAAGGGGGUAAGCGAAAUUGAUGCGUAUCCUCUGCUGUAUGGAUACUUGAAGGUAUGGGAAAAUGAUUUACACUGCUACGAGUUGAACAAGGUCGAAAUGAGGCACAUGUGUGGGGUGGAGCAGGGGGGUAAAAAAGGUGGAGAAAAUAUGCCAAGUGCAAAAAUGAAGUACAACUUUUUUCGCAAUUACGAUGAGGAGGGUGAUCAGGCGGGUGGCGAGAGGGAUGAUCAGCCGGAUGGCGUACUGAUCGAUAGCGACCGGUACAGACAAAUCGUGCUCGCGGACGAUGACAAGGAGAAUGGGAAUAUUUACGACUUGCUGGGAGAAGGAGAAUUUUCAAACAACGACUAUAUUUCGUUUAAGGCCAAACUGUUCAUCAACAAUAGGAAUGAAAUUAACUGCUAUGAGGAUUUAAUUACAAAAUUGAGGUGCGACAAUUCGAACUUAAGUGUAACCAUCCUGAGUCGCUUGAACAAAAUAAAGGAAGAUCUCUCCUUUGUGUCGGGGGAGGAGUUUUUAAAAAAUUACACAUUUGAUGAGGAGGACGAGUUCUUCAACUUCCAGAAAAUUGUGCACAGGUGUAUGGUAGAGAGUAGGUACCAUUCGAUGUUUCGAAGUGAAGGUGGUGGACUCAAAGGAGGAGAAAGAAAUUUUAAAUUGUUUUGUCAUCAUGAUGAUUCUUCAGACGGUAAGAGGAGGGAAAGUGCCUUGCGGACCGUUAGGGAACGAAACGUUUUCGGACCGCAAGUAAGAAAGGGGAUCACCCGUCUGCCAUCACGUAUAGGGAGAGCCCUUUCCAUUAAUGCAAAGGUAAGUGCAGAAGAAAGUAGGAAAAAAAAGCAACAAAAGAGAAGGGGGAAAAAAAAAAAACACGUCGAUGAUGCUGAUUUGUUGAGCAGUGAGAAUGAAGAGAAUGACCCAUUUAGUGACGAAAUGGACGAAGAUUUGCUUCGCUUUGAAAAAAUAGACAAAAUUAUGGAGGUACGUGGGGAAGGCGACGAGAGGAGGGGAAGCAGCUUGGGAGGUAGCACGACCGACAUGUUCAAUGGCGAAGUGAGCAACCAAGUGGUAGAACAGCUAAGACGCCAACAAAAUAGGAGCAAUGAGAAAAGCAAAAAUUAUGUGGAAAAAAUGCUGGAAAGGCAGAAGGGAGUAAACGAUUUUUUAAGUUUAGAAAAAGCACAAGAAAGUGUACAAAAAAAUUUGAGCGUAGUAAACUAUGAAGAAGCCUUUAAGCAGCUGAAGAGCCAAUUGAAGGGGAAGUCUAAGGGGAAACAGCAGGAAGUAGGAGACGAGGGCUCAGUGUCGGAGGAUGGCCAAGUACAAGAGACAGAGCUGAGCGACGUGGAUGAUAAAGAAAUCGAAAGGCAAAUUAAAGGCAUACUACAAGGCAAGAAAUUAAAUGAGGAAUCAUAUCGGUUAGACCGCUUUGAAGAGAGGGUCGGAGUGGACACGGAAGAAGGUAGCGGAAAGAAAGACCAGAAAGAAGGGGAGGAAAAGAAAAAGAUCGAGGAAUUUUUUAAAAACAUGAGAGUCGAAGUGAAGUUGAGUAGGGACAUGUGCGUGGGGUGUGGAAUACCCUUUCAGUCGUCUGAUCAGAAGAAGUUCGGCUUUUUGAAAAGCCAUGUGUACGAGAGGGUGGUUAGCAGGGACGAGGGCUUUGACAGGAGGGAGAUACUGCGCGAUAUUUACGAGGGAGGGGCGGAGGAGAAGUGUGGGAAGGAUGGAGAUCUGAUUGGUCAAGGGGAGGACAAGCUGAUCGGUCAGAUGGGCAGCAAGCUGAUUGGCCAAGGGGAGGACAAGCUGAUCGGUCAGCUCGGCAGCAAGCUGAUUGACCAACUGGGCGGCCAAACAGAGGAGCAGAAGCGCAAGGAGCAGCUGCUGGGCGAGUUUCACAAACUGAGAGGGGAAACCAUGAGCAAGGUUGUGCAGCUGGGGAGGGGCGGCACCUCUCUAGAUGGAAGCGGCACCUCUCUAGACGGAAGCGGCACCUCUCUAGAUGGAAGCGGCAGUGCCAUACAAAACAAGGCAAGCCAACCAACAGGAGCGGAAAGGACUGAUGAGAAAUUCUACUUAUGCGAACGAUGCUUCAAUUUGAAAUACAAAAAUGACAUAAAGGAUAACAUGAUAAUUAAUUACACAAAUAAAAAUGAAAUUAAUGCUCAAGAUUUUGAAAAGUAUGUAAUAAAUAUUUUUAAAAAAAGAUGUUUCAUAAUUUACAUCGUAGAUAUUUUGGACUUGUACAUUUAUUCAAAUUUACAGAAUUUAUUUUUUUAUAUAAGAUGCACUCUGAUAAGGGUAAAAGUGAAGGUUUUUUCUUUUGCAUAAAUGAGGAGUAGGGUGGUGCGCAAGGGGGGGAAGCGGCGCGGCGGUGGGGGCAGAGCGAAAAGUGAAGAGGCUAACAAGGGGGAGGUGAAGGGUGACGAAGUGGCGGGUGACUCUGAGGAUGACAAACUGGAUGGUGACUAUGAGGGUGACGAACUGGAUGGUGACUAUGAGGAUGGCGAAGUGGAUGGUGACUAUGAGGAUGGCGAAGUGGACGAUGAUGAGGCUAACCGUGAGGAACUGGGCGCACUGGCCCCCCCGGGAGAGGCACCGAGCAAAAAGAACAAGUUCUUCCUCAAAAACGUUAACAUUUACAUUGUGGGGAAUGCCAACAGUGGAAAAUCUUCCCUAAUUAAUUACCUACUGAAAAAUGUAAAAAAUAAAGACAAUCGAAAAUUCCAAAUUAGCAACAGUAUCAUUCCAGGAACGACUCUGAAAAAUAUACAAAUAAAGUUAAGCAAACAUAUAACAAUUAAUGACACUCCAGGAAUUAUUUCCAGUCAAUCCCUUCUUUCUUGUCUCAACUUUGACGAAAUGAAAUACGUGGUCUGCACAAAGUUGAAGAAGAAAGUACCAUCCAUGUACAUAAAUAAAAAUGAUUAUAUUUUUAUCGGAGGCCUUGUGUACAUUCACAUUUUAAAUAUUAAGAAAUUUGACCAACUGAACAAUUUCAAAGAUUGCUAUUUUAAUAUUACAAAUCCGUGCGUCGAUCGGGACAGUGGUAGUUACGACAUACACAUACAAGGGCUGGGGUGCAUCACUUUUUACUCAUUUGAGAACAUCGAAUUUUAUUUGUACACGCUGAAAAAUGUGGAUGUUGUUUCGAGGAGCUCCCUCAUGCCGUAUCAUAAGAAGUAUGGCAAGCUGAACAUUUCCAGGGGGAAGUUGUAG